CUGAAACUGACAUUGAAAAUUGAAGUUGGAUUUUUAUGUAUGCUCUACUUAAACUUUUUUGAAGUUAGGGAUGCCGUAUGCCAAUCAACCUAUCGUCACAUUAACAAGCUUUAACAAUGAAAACAUAAAGUUUAUACUGGAAGAGACUGAUUUAAGUGUAGCUAAUGCUAUUCGGCGUGUUUGUAUCGCUGAAGUCCCUACUCUUGCAAUAGAUUGGGUACAGAUUGAAGACAAUAAUACAAUGUUAAAUGAUGAAUUCAUUGCUCAACGUGUUGGGUUAAUUCCACUGACAUGUGAUAAUGUAGUUGAUAAAAUGACAUAUUUCCGAGAAUGUCCUUGCCGCGAAUUCUGUGAACAAUGUUCCGUUGAACUUACAUUGGAUGUAUGUUGUACUACGGAUGCACCAAGACAUGUUACAGGAGCAGAUCUCAUCAGCAGUAACCGUGAUGUACAACCUGUACCAUCAAGAGAUGCUGAUGACUCGUCAUACGUCGGUCAGGAAUCCAUACUAAUUGUUAAAAUGCGCAAGGGGCAACGCCUGAAAUUAAGAGCGAUCGCAAAAAAAGGUUUUGGUAAAGAGCAUGCAAAAUGGAAUCCAACUGCUGGUGUAGGGUUUGAAUACGACCCAGAUAAUGCCUUAAGACAUACAUUUUUACAUAAACCCGAAGAAUGGCCACGUUCGGAAUAUUCAACUUUACCGGAAAAUGAACAUCAGGCACCCUAUGAUCCAACUGGAAAGCCAAAUCGUUUCUAUUUCAAUAUUGAAACUUGUGGAUCAUUACAACCAAGAGCAAUUAUAUUCUCUGGUUUAACUGUAUUAAAAAGAAAAUUACAAAAUCUUUUAGAUAAUUUAACACAGGAAGGUCUUUAAAAAUUAUUUUAAUUAAGAAAUUUUUGUAAAUAUUUAAUAUUAAAACUUUAUAUGUAAAUGAUGUUCAAGUUUCGUUGUUAUUUGUCUAUUACUUACUUACGCCUGUUACUCCUCACGAAGGAACAUAGGCCGCUUACCAGCAUUCCCCAACC